CUCAGUUCUUUUCAGCAAAAUCCGAGAUUUUUGGUUCCAUUUUCCAAGAUGAAUUGAUUUGUGAAAAGGGGUUGUACCUUCUUAGUGAUUGUGUAAAGAUCGAGUGGUUCUUGAUUUAGCGAAGAAUAAGAAUGGAACCUCCAAGGGGUUUUUUUACUUCUGUGUGGAACUUCAUUCGUUUCUUACCUUACUUCAUUUGCCUGCUUAUUUUGGGUGUCUUGAAAGGUGUCAUUGUGUUCCCUAUCGUCCUUAUUAUACUCACUGUCGGAAACUGUUCCCUUAUUUUGGGUCUUUGGCCAGUGCACCUGUUCUAUACAUUUUACUGUAUAUGGAGCACAAAGCAACUAGGUCCAGCUUUAAAAAUUUUGACAAGCAUAUGUGCCCUUGUUAUUUUAUAUUUAUGGCCGUUCAUUGCAAUUGCAACUAGCAUUAUUGGCGGGGCUGCUUAUGGCUUCCUUUCACCAGUGUUUGCCACUUUCCAAGCUGUGGAUGGAAGGACGACUAAUGCCUUCUAUCACAGUAUAUAUGAUGGGACCUGGGACACGGUGAAAGGAAGCUUUACCAUUGUUAGGGAUUUGAAGGAUGUCUUAUACCAUUCCUAUUUCUCAAUCAUGGAUGAUUUCCGACAUCAAGGACCUUCUGAUGGAAAAUACUACGAGAUCAGGGUGCUUUAUAUUCCUUUGGCGCUAAUAGCUGUGGUACUAGGACUCGUGGUUGACAUGCCAAUGAUCAUGCUAAUUGCUGCUUGCAAAUUCCCUUACAUGAUUUUCAAGGGGUGGCGUCGUUUAUUUCAAGAUUGUAUAGGCCGAGAAGGGCCUUUUCUUGAGACAAUCUGUGUGCCAUUUGCUGGCCUUGCUAUCUUACUCUGGCCAAUGGCUGUUAUUGCUGCAUUCUUUGGAUCAAUAUUAGCAAGUGUCCCUCUAGGCGCUUAUGCAGGAGUAGUUGUAUAUCAGGAGUGUUCUCUUUGGUCAGGGCUUUGCUAUAUCGUUGCUUCCUUGUCCUUAUAUGAUGAAUAUAGCAAUGAUGUGCUGGACAUGCCAGAAGGGUCCUGCUUUCCUAGGCCUCAGUACAGAAAGAAGACUGCAUCAAGGACCAACUCUCGUGCAGAUUCUUUAUCAAGGCCUGAUUCUUUCAAAAAUCCACCAACUAGUGCAAAUGCCAUCAAUGUCCCCAUACUCGACUUGAUACCCCUCGAGCUUCUUGAUGGCUUAUUCAAGGGCUGUCAAUGUCAUGGCGAAAUCUUGGUAUCUCAAGGAGUAAUUACACAAAAAGACAUUGAAGAUGCCAAAUCUAGUAAAGACAGUGGUCAAGUCAUUAGCAUUGGUUUGCCUUCCUAUUGCAUCCUUCACACCCUUAUACGUUCUGCAAAAGCCAACAGUGCUGGUAUUUUGUUAAAUGAUGACGGCACUGAAUUAACUAGCACGAACAGGCCCAGAGAUACCUUCUCUGAGUGGUUUUUCAAUCCACUCUUGAUCAUCAAAGACCAGAUCAAAGCCGCAAAUCUUUCUGACAGCGACGAGGAGUACCUUGGCAAAUUGGUUUUGUUGAGUGGUGAUCCUGAGAGGUUGAGGGAUUUAAAUAUUGGAUCACCACCUGAAUCUGAACUGAGGCGAGCUGAGGUUGAGGCGUUAGCUCGAAGGCUACGAGGCAUCACCAAAUCUAUAUCAAGAUUUCCAACAUUCAAGCGCCGUUUUGAGAGUAGCAUCAAGAUUAUCUUAGAAGAACUUGCCAAGAAGAAUGGUGAUAGUAGAAAAUCAGAAGAUGCUGGAACUCAGAGAACUCUCAGGUCAAAAAGCAUGUUUGUUCGUAUGUUUAGCGAGAACUCUUUCAAGAAUAGAAAUGGCAAGAGUGAUCAAGAGGCUCAACUGGUAGAUACUGAUAGAGAUGUUGAAAUUCAAUGAUAAGAUUUGCAUGAAUUUUAUGAACUAGCAUGCUUUGCUUAAUCUGUCUGUGCAUUUUCAGUCAACAGGUUUAGAUUGAAGACUAUUUUGAAAGCUUUAAUUAGUUCUUCCUGCUAGAAAUGAAUUUUAUAUUUCUUGGACAAAGUUUAUGGAUCUGUGCAUCAGUUGAUAAAA